AUGAAAAAGGUGUUCCAGAUGUCACAAGAAUCGAAAAUUUCGCAGUUUUUGAACGGAAAACCGCAGAUCGCGCCAGUUGCAGAAUCUUCCCUUCUUUCCAGGUUUGCGAUGAAAUUUUUGAUGGAGAAAUUUUGGAUGUUUGCGAAUUAUUGCGGUGUUUUUCUUGCGAUAGUUGUUGUUUGCGGACCACCGUCGUCAACCGUAAUCCGAACUCAAGCUCCCCCUCCGCGAGCGUGGCGGUCCAACAUAAUAGAACUGGGCAGAAUAGCACCGCGACAUAAUAUAACUGUUUGGAGCGCCUUUUAAACCUUUCUGUUGAAUAAUUGUUUCGCAGAAAAAGAUAAUUCGUGAUCGUGAUCUCGUGAUCGAUUUAUUGAAUUCAUUCGGUGGAUUUCACAAAAAGCUUUGCAGACUUCGAACAUUCCUUCCUCAAAUGGAAGAAGCGAAUCGGAAUAUGCCAGAAGGCGGUCCUUCGGACGCAUUCCAAAUCGAAAAUGUGCGCGAAGAGUCGAGCGAUUCGGAUUCGGACAUUUCUGACGAGGAAUCCGAUGGAAACGAGGCAAAAGAAGUGAAGGUCAAGGCGAAAGUGAGCAGUUUUCAGCCGUUUCGAUCCGAAGACCAAUUGAACAUGUUCAGAAAGUGGACGGCGAUCGGAUCGAAAUCGAUUUGGACGUGUUCAGGGAAGAAAACAGCGCCGUGGACGGGCGGGACGUGAGUGUUCAGGACGUGGAAGCACUUCCAGCCGCCUUCCGAACCGACGCCGACCCGAAAAAGGAGGAAUCGCCGAGGAAACCGCUCAUCGAGGAGAUGUGA